AUGGCACAUUCUGUAACUAUAGCGGGUGGAUCAGGCCACCCAAAGAUGGAUCGAAAAAGAACCCUUACGAUGAAUUGGGAUGCCUUUGGUGAUCAUGAUGACGAUGACGAUGAUCGAUUCUUUGAUUGCAACCGGCUCUCUGGAGCUGUUCCGGCCGACCUAGCUUCUUCAGGAUCUGAUGAGGAUGAUUUUGAAGAAUCUCGUGCCUCGUUCUCCACCACCAUUUCUUCCAAAACAUUCCGAAAUUACUCCUUUGCGGCUGCAGCAGCCAAUCCCACAACAAUGUCGCCGGAAUACGACAUAUGGAUGGCAGCUCCGGGAUCAAUAACUGAGCGGCGAAACCGCUUGCUUCAAGGGAUGGGGUUGGCCGAAGAGAAAGCAAUGGUAAAGAUGAUGAGCAAGGACUUUUCCCGUGCUGUUACACGAAAAAUCGCCCAAGUCACUGCCGCUGCAGCUGCCAAGGCUGCUGCAGCGACAGCGGCCUCAACUUCUGAGCAGCAACCAAAUAAUGUCAAUGCCACUUCUGAGGCAACUGACAAAUCUGUUUCCCCUGCUCCCAAUUCUAACCAUGAGCGCACACCAUCAUCACAACUCCCUGUAAUGCUAGUUCGGUCACGAUCUGAUGGUGAUAUUGAAUCUUUCUCCAAUGAUAAGAAAAGGAAAGAGGAGGUGUUUGGUUUGAUCUCCAAGCAACGCAUCACUCGCACGACCUCUCUCAUCAUUGUAUCCCAAGCUCGUGCACAUAGCUACUCGACCUACCCUGACUCUGUACGAGUCCCCAAUAACAAUAAAGAAAAUGGAAAUGGAUGCUCAUCCUCCAACAAUGAAAAUGGUGGUGGUGCGCACAAUCGAGGCUCUAAUAAUAAAUCGACCAUACCCAACAACUUUGGAGCCUUUUUCCUAAUCAAGAAUUUGGAUACAGGCAAGGAGUUCAUUGUCAAUGAGUACGAUCAAGAUGGAAUGUGGAACAGAGUGAGCGAUCUCCAAACCGGAAAGCAAUUAACGAUGGAGGAAUUUGAGAAAUCUGUUGGACAUUCGCCUGUCGUAAAAGAGUUAAUGCGAAGGGAAAACGUGAAUGAUGGAAAUGACAGAAAGCUGGGAGUCAACAAUUACUUCUCCAAGAGUUUGCGUAUGAGCAAAAGGCGAGGAGCGGCCCUGGUAAAAAGUAUAAAAGGGGUUGCACAUUCAAUGUCGAUGAGUGCGUCUAAAACAGAGAGGGACAGGGAUCUCCUUCCACCACCAAUACCCGAUCAAAAGGCUGCAGCUGGAAAUAAGAACUCAUCAGCAGCACCAUCGGGAUGGAUCAAAGUUCGAGUGACGGGGAAGUCACAGAGGGAACUGAGUGCUCUGCAUUUGUGUCAAGAGAUUCAAGCACAUGAGGGUUCGAUUUGGACGCUCAAGUUUAGUUCAGAUGCCCGAUAUUUGGCUAGUGGUGGUGAAGACAAAGUAAUACAUAUAUGGGAGGUUCAGGAAUGCGAAGUGCUUUCGUUGCAUGAUGGCCAUUUGACCCCUCUUCAUCCAUCAUUGUCUAAUUCUGUUGCAGCACCGCCGCCUAGUUUGUCUGAGGCUUCACCGACUCCAUCCUUGAAGAAGAAGAAGAAAGGUGGUUCUACUAGCAAGAAAGGCAACCCGAUUCCUGAAUAUGUUCAUGUGCCCGAAACUGUGUUUGCACUUUCAGAGAAACCAAUUUGCUCCUUCACUGGCCAUCUUGAUGAUGUGUUGGAUUUGUCAUGGGCGGGAUCUCAGCUACUUCUAUCAUCAUCAAUGGAUAAAACAGUGAGAUUAUGGGAUAUGGAGAGCAAGAGUUGUUUGAAGAUGUUUGCUCAUAAUGAUUAUGUAACUUGUAUACAAUUCAACCCCAUGAAUGAUCAAUAUUUCUUGAGUGGAUCACUCGACAACAAGAUUCGCAUAUGGAGUGUUCCCGAUAGGCAGCUUGUGGAUUGGACUGAUCUUCAUGAAAUGGUCACUGCUGUUUGCUACACUCCAGAUGGUCAGGGUGCACUAGUCGGAUCACACAAAGGAACUUGCAGAAUGUAUAGUCUUGAAGACUGCAAACUAAAUCAAACGGAUCAAAUUGACAUCCAAAAAAAGAAAUCCAGUGGGAAAAAGAUCACAGGGUUCCAGUUUUCUCCAGGAAAUCCAUCAGAAGUCCUCGUCACUUCUGCUGAUUCUAGAAUACGCAUUAUGGAUGGCAAGGAGCUGGUCCACAAAUUUAGAGGUUUCAAAAACAUCAAUAGCCAAAUUGCAGCUUCAUUUAGCUUGAGUGGAAAGCAUGUGAUUUGUGCGAGCGAAGAUUCUAAUGUGUACAUUUGGAAGCGAGAGGAAGCUGGAAAAGGAAAGAGUGUUGUCACCAAUCGGGGGUAUGAGGCAUUCCAAUGCAAAGACGUGUCUGUGGCCAUUCCCUGGCCAGCGAUCGUAAAAGGCGACCCUCCGCCAAUUCCAACCACCACAACAAAAAGCAAGUCUAAACGUAGCUCUGCUGCUGCUGCUGCUUCUUCUACCAACUCCCCAACCAAGGAAGACUCCUCCACCUCCAGUAAGAAAAGCCAGUCCGCCUCUGGAGACUCACCCUCACCCACCAAGGAAGACAAUCCCUCAGCAUCUAAGAAGCCACCACUUCCAAAGAAGCACAAAGAAAAUCAUAAUAACAAGGACAUUGCUGCCAAGGAUAGUAACAAGGACAUUGCCAAAGACGAGACCAAUGAAAAGGAGAACAAUGUUGAUGAAAAUGAAACCAGUAAAGAUAAUAAUAAUAAUAGUCUUGUAGAGGCUACUUCAAUAGCACCAGAAGAAGAUCCUGCACAAGUUUCACUAUCAGAAUCUGAGGUCGCCGGUGAGUCAUUAUCUUCUGAUACAUCAUCAUCUGCUAAAUUAGAGGAGUCUCCGUCGAUUAGUUCGUCCACCACAAAUCCAUCGUCAUCAUCUUCUUGGUCUUCAAAUUGGUCUUGGUUUGAAGGGACUAGUCACGGAGGGAACAACAAAAACCAAGCUUCAGCAUGGGGGCUUGUCAUUGUGGCAGCCACGUCUGAAGGUGAGAUCAAAGCUUAUCAAAACUUUGGUUUGCCUCGUAAGAUGGGUCGCCAGAGCAAUCUCUUCUAG